AUGAUUUCUGGGCCUUUAUUUGUGUUUCUGCUGCUGUGUGGAACAGACUUUGGCCACGCCGGCAGGGUUUUAGUGAUGCCGGGCGAGUUCAGCCACUGGCACAACAUGCGCACCAUCAUCGACGCGCUUGUGGACCGGAACCACAGCGUGACCGUUCUGACCAGUUCUUCCUCACCCUCUGUGCCACACACGAAGAAGGAGAAGUUUACUUUCAACGUCUUUAAAGUCAACACGGAGAAAGAACAAGCCAAGGCCAUGUGGGACAGUUUCAUCAAUGUCUGGAUGAUCAACACAGCACCCAAAUACGAGAAGGUCUUCAUGUUCUGGCGCGUGAUGACCGACUUCAUGGCUGUGGCGUCUGACAUCUGCUAUGGGAUGUUUCACAAUCCGGAUCUCUUACGCACGCUCCGGGAAUCUCACUACGAUGUGCUUUUAUCCGAUCCCAUGAUGCCGUGCACCGACCUGAUGGCGCAGACGCUCAAUAUACCGCACGUGCUGUCGCUGCGCUUUACCUUCGCAUACGGUUUCGAGCGGAUGUGCGGACAGCUGCCCACCACACCGUCAUAUGUUCCUGCGGCCGGGGUGACCGACCACCUCACUGACAACAUGAACUUCAUGGAGAGACUAGAAAACAUGCUCCUGUACAUCAUACACACAGCUAUAUUCACACUCAACACUAGGAUUAACUUUGAUGCACUUUACACUGAAAUAAAUGGUAAACCCACAACUAUGUGUGAGAUGAUGGGAAAGGCCGACAUCUGGUUGAUUAGAACCUACUGGGAUUUUGAGUAUCCGCGACCAUUGGUGCCUAAUUUUAAAUUUGUUGGAGGAUUACACUGCAAACCUGCCAAACCUCUUGAAAAGGAUCUGGAGGAGUUUGUUCAGAGUUCAGGUGAUCAUGGCAUUGUCGUGUUUUCAUUAGGCUCUAUGAUCGAUACUCUGACAAUGGACAGAGCAAACAUGAUCGCUUCUGCUUUCGCUCAGAUCCCACAAAAGGUUGUGUGGCGUCACAGUGGGAAAACACCAGAAACUCUGUCCCCCAACACAAAACUCUACGACUGGAUCCCACAGAAUGAUUUACUUGGACAUCCCAAAACGAAGGCCUUCUUUUCUCACGGUGGGACGAACGGACUGUAUGAAGCUGUUUAUCAUGGUGUUCCUAUGGUGGGUUUACCACUGUUUGCUGAUCAGCCGGAUAAUCUCAACCAUAUGAAAAGCAAAGGAGCUGCUGUCGUCCUCGACGUCAACACCAUGACGUCCAAAGACCUGGUGGACGCUCUCAACACUGUCAUUUAUAAUACAACGUACAAGGAGAGCAUGAUGAAGCUGUCCAGAAUUCAUCACGACCAGCCCAUGAAGCCUCUGGAUCAGGCCGUGUUCUGGAUCGAGUUUGUGAUGAGGAAUAAAGGAGCGAAACACUUGAGAGUUCAGGCACACGAACUGACCUGGUAUCAGUAUCAUCUACUGGAUGUCAUGGCCUUCUUACUCACUAUUUGUACUCUCAGUGUGUUCAUUUUCAUCAAAACCUGCUGUUUUCUUUACCGCAAGUGUAUCAGGAGGACUGUUCCUGAUCACAGAGCAAAAAAUAAGAAUAAAAAAGAGUGA